UUCAAAGUUUAAGUCUUACAUCAGCAGUUAUUUAUCUUCAAAGACGAGUCAGCAUUUAAAGGUGCUGGGUUGACUUCGAGUGGUUGAACUAGGUAUUGCAGGGGGGACUGGAUGGGCGCAGUGAAUUUCAUCUUGUGCUGAGUGGUCUUUUGGGGUCGCUUCCGGAAGUCGAGUCCAUUGUAUUCUGAUCGUGUCGUCAGUCGCGCGCCCCUGGGAGGGGGGCCCCGUGUACGUGCAAAUUCGGUCGGCAGAGAGACUAAAGAGAGGCAGUCCGAGGAAAGAUAAACCCUGACUUUCAUCAAACUUAUCUGCACACUUGGAUUACACUGACGAUCAUUGUAAAUCGCUUGUUUGACGGCACGAGCAUGUCACCCGUGGGGCAGAGAGAGAAGGCUGCCCUCAGGCAGUGCGGUCAGGCCCGGGCCCAGCUGGACGAGGCCAUCGCUGGGGUCAUCAGAGCUGAAGUUCAGCUGCGGAGCAACUCCAGAGAGGUGAAGUCUCAGCUGCACAGCUGUAUCAGUAGACAUCUGGAGAUCCUUCGCUCUCGUGAGGUCUGGCUGCUGGAGCAGAUCGAUCUGGUGGAGCAGCUCAAAGGAGAAACGUUACAUCAGCAGCUACAGCAGCUGCAUUUGCUCAAAGGCCAGUUUGACAUCCUCAUUCAUCAGCUGGAGUACUCCAGUAGUACUAAUCUUCCCGUCCAGUUUACCAACUGCCUGGAAAAGCUUUCUUCUCUCAACCUGACUCCUGAAGAAACCCCAGAGAUGAGUUUCCAAGCAGAUGCACGCAGCUUGCGCAAGGCUAUCACCUCCUUUGGGACCAUUUCCACCCAGCAGAUGGAGACCUCAGACUCCUCUGAGAGACCGUGGCUUCUCCAGGACUGCCCAGUUUCUUCCAAGAGACCGAAAGUAGAUCCUGAAUGUGCCACACCUCUGGCUGAGUGGCUUCUAGGGGACCGUCCUGUAAGCAGCGCUCCUGUAGGGGACCGUCCUGUAAGCAGCGCUCCUGUAGGGGACCGUCCUGUAAGCAGCGCUCCUGCAGGACACCACUUCAACACAAACACCCAGGACUGGCUGCUUGUUUCCAAGGAACCUCAGGAAGAGCGACAGUUACCUGCCUUUGACUUCCAAAAAGCUUGGGGUCAGCUCCAAGACCUGGAGUCGUGGCUUCUCAAGGAGAAGUUGCCAGUUCGUGAACGAACCUGUAGCGUAAGCUCGACCUUCUCGAUUGAGAUGAUUGAGGAAAGUGACCUAAACCUGGAAGAAGUGGAAGACGAGCAGGACAAAGGGGACGGCACUGUUGAGGAAGAAGAACUCAGCAAGUGGCUCUUCAGCCCAAGCCCGUUCAAGCAAUAUAAGACCAGCCCGGUGUCAGAUGCUGACCGCUUCAAGCAGAUCAUCAACCCCUUUUACGAGAGCUUCUCCUCCAGCGAUUGGCUAAUGAAGUCCGACUGCAGCUCUUGUUGUGCCACACGCAGCGCUGCCGUGGAAAUCGAGAACCUUGGAAAGCUCAAGUGCCUAAAGACUCCACCCAGUUCUCCAGUCACCAGUCCAGAAGCCAUCGAGAUGUGGCUUCACAAGACCAUCCCUAUCGAGACCACCUGCAAAGCCAACGAGACCUGCGACAGCUACACUCAAUGUGUCUGUGACGACAACUGUGGAAAAGAGGCCCUCAGUGCUUGGCUCCUCCAGAAAGAGGGUCGAGAUAAGAAUGGUGUUCCUGUCAAUAAGAACGCCCCAAACAAAGCCUCCAGCCAGCAGCAGAAGGUGCAAGCCAUCCUAGAGACGUGGCUGCACCCGAGCAACAGUAGCAAGUCCCCUGCCCUGUCAUCCCUCUCUGCCUGGGUGACCCCGUACGUCAAAACCUCAGACUCUGAGAGCUCCACCCAGGAGCCUUUGCAGAACUGGAUUUUCCCAACGAUUAAGCACAUUAGCACAACCACUGAGAUGCCAAAUGAGCCAAAGAGUGAGAACCACAUAGAGCGAGACAGCAAGGACAUCGAGGAGGACAAAUGGCUUCUACGCAAGCGGGCGAGUGCACAGGAAAGGCUAGGCCUGCCCACAGUAUGUGACCUGUUUACCUGUCUGAAGCUCAGUGGGGACAAAGAAAAGUGGCUACAUCAAACAGCUACACAGAUAUGAAUGCAACAUCCAUUGGCUUUUGGAGAUUGACUCCAGUACUAUUUAAUCACUGAUCAUUGCACAAUAUUUUUCUGUAGUGCUCUUUAGGGAUUCAUUCUCUCUGUAAUCUUCUGGAGAUUGGAAGGGUGAUCUGGACUAAACGUCCUUGUCCAGGAGGCAAGGCUUUUGGUACGCCAUCACUAGAGGAAGUGUUAAUGCUGGGGAAUUCCUGUCAUUUUGCCCUUUUAUUGGUUUAACGCAAUUAAAUUCCAGUAAUGUGGUGGAGACCAAUGCGUUUAUAUUAGAAUGAACUAAUCUCAUUUAGAAAUCAUGAGGAAAUGGACCAGAUUGGUGCAUACAAAACAAAUACUCGUUGAGAAGAACUGAAGCAUAAAAAUAAAUCUAUAUUACUUUUAAUCACGCACAAUUACAGCUUUUAUUAUACACAUUUUAGAGCUCAGUCUUGCACAUAUAGAGGAAGUCAUGCCUUAAAGCAGAGAAUGAUUCCCUCCAAAUCUUUAAAUAUAUAUUUAUAUCGAAUUUUACAGUUUUCUCAAGUAUAGAAUGAGCUUCCCUUGCAGUUUAUUUUAUUUUAUUUAAUUGAUUAAAUUAUAUACCUUAGUGGCAUAUUAAACUCAUAUACCAACUAAACAUAGCAAAACUUCUGUUAUUGAAACUUCGGUGCCUGACAUCGAAUGUGUAGCAAUGCUUGUUGUAAGUCCACCUAAUCAUCGUUUGCCAUUUCUGCU